GAACGCUUCUCUGGUCACGUGACCUGUCAAAUUUGACUAUGGUGUUUUGAAUAGUUUUAAUUUUCACAAAAAUUCGACAAAAUCAGGCAAAAUUAUGCCUUUCGGUGAAAAAGGUGGUGUAUUUACAUUCUACACUUGUUUAAUUCUCAAUUGUGGAUCAUUACGUGGGCAGAUUUUUCACGUUCGAGGCGGGAUUUUAAAAGGCGUCCUUUUCAGCUUGGGGCUCCAAAUUUGAAUCAAAACUAGAACCUUAGCGCGAAAUUACAAGUAACAUGGAUAGCUCCGGUCACACUUUAACUGGUAACAACGAAGAUGUGGAGGCCCUUGUGGACACUCUCACCAUCGAUGGGGCCACUUUGAACGAAACAAACCUCUCAAGUUUGUCUUCUACAGACAUCCAACAGUUGGCGGAACUGUCCCAUGAAUUGCACCUUUCAAACGAUAUGGAGACCGACGAACCAGAAGUAAUAAUUGAGACAGUUGAGGAAACAGUUCAAGUUGAUACUGACGUCAUGCAGUCCGAAAUUGGGGCCCAAGAGAUCGAAAUUGAAACCGAACGCGCCCCUUCGCCUGAAGAAAUCCUCCCGGACGUUAAAAUAAAAACAUCCACAAUCCCACCAUUGCGCCCCCUAACCAUAGCUCCAAAACCCACCAAGGCGGUCCCCAUCGCCAUGAAACCCGCCCCCGGGCAACAACUCCUCCUACUUCAGGGCGCCGGUGGCAACCAAGCCAUCAAAUUAGUCUCCUCUGGGGGCCAAGAGCUCAACCUCGCCAACGUCUCUCUUGGCCGGCCUGUUGCCAUCAAACCCGCCGUCAAAACUGUAACAACCCAAGGCAACAUUGCUUUAGUCCAACCCAAACAAGUCGUCAUGAAGAAAAUCGUCACCUCCACACAGAAAACGCCUCCGAAAGCCACUCCAACGUUUACCAAUAAACAAGGACACAUCAUGGUGGUGCAAAAAGCCGAUCAAGUCAAGCUAAUGCCGAGCCAAGCGACCCUCCCGAGCCCCGCGAAGACCAUAACCCUACAACAAGCCCAAGAAAUGGGUCUGAUUGCCACUACAAAAGUCCUCCCUCAGGCCACAUCCACCCCUAAACAUACAGUGGUUUUGAAUAAACCCGGCCCCAAGGCGAUAAAAAUUGUGCCCCAAAUGGCCCCCACGCAGCUGUUGGGACAGAAAACGGUCGUGAGCCAGAUUAAGUCGCCGACGAAGAUACUCCCAGCCACGCAGACGACAACUGGGAAGGUGCCCCAAAGGAUCAUUUUCAAGAGUGCGGGGACGGGGCACACUAUUCUCUCGUCGCCCCAGAUUAUACAAGUGGCAGGGACACAGGCUUUGAGCACGGGACAGCUACAUCAGAUUAAUAUUCCGGGAAAAGGGAUGCAAUAUAUUAAAUUCGUGACGGCCACCAACGCUGAGACUCUCUCAUCGUCUGCCCCCACCCUCACGACCGUAAAAUCGACAAUGCAGGCCUCCCCAACCAACAUUGUCCUGUCGGAGAUCAAGCCGGCGUCCCAAGCCACGGCUAUAGCCCCUAAACCGUUGAAAAACAUCGCUGCGAAAGCCCCCGUGACCAGUAGCCAAGUGGUGAUGUUGCCGACGUACGUCCAAACCCAGCUCAACUCCAAAGUGCCGAUUCCGAUGCGCCACACCUCCGUCACUAAACAAAUAUCCCCGGAAAGUAUCACGAUGACACCCGAAUCCAAUCUAGAGUCCAACGGGAUUAGGCCUCGCAAGCCUUGCAAUUGUACAAAGAGUCAGUGUUUGAAAUUGUACUGCGAUUGUUUCGCAAAUGGCGAAUUCUGUUACAUGUGUAACUGCAUGAAUUGCUUCAAUAAUUUGGAAAAUGAGGAUCAUAGACAGAGGGCGAUUAAGACGUGUCUCGAGCGCAAUCCGAAUGCUUUUAGGCCAAAGAUUGGCAAGGCGAAAGAUGUGGCCGGCGAUAGUUCAAUUAGGAAACACACAAAGGGGUGCAAUUGCAAGAGAUCAGGUUGUUUGAAGAACUACUGCGAGUGUUAUGAAGCGAAAAUCGCGUGUUCGAACAAUUGUAAAUGCUUGGGGUGCAGGAAUAUCGAGGACUCGAUGGAGAAAAAGGGUUUGAGGGCGACGAUUGAAGACGGGUUGCAUAAUUUGCAAGGAAAAAUGGCACAAGCCAGGGAUCCGCUCCAGUUUAGGACGAGGAGGACGUCGAGCAGCAGACAAGCAAUUAAUUUCAUCACAGAUGAUGUUAUAGAAGCGACGUCGCAAUGCAUGUUGACCAUUUCGGAAAGCGGGGAUGCUAAUAUGCAAGAUGAAGAGGUGACGAAAAGUCAGAUUAUUGAGGAAUUUGGGAGGUGUCUCAAGGAAAUCAUCGAUUAUUCAAUGUUACACAACUGAGGAGGUAGCGCUACAUCAAGUCAAACUUAAGUGAAGAAAUUAGCUUGGUUCCAUCUCGAGGGGCUUCCUGGACUCAAAUAUCAUUGGUUACAUACUUUUUACACUUUAUUACAAAAGGAAAAUUAUCACAAAUCAAGCACUAUUCUUGUGCACUUUAUUCAGGUGCCUAAUCAGAUACGAAUCUCUAACAAACCUCCUCUGGCAAACCUCACACUGGAACCCUCUGCGGUUGCUGUGCCCUUUGACAUGCUGCACCAGCUGACUCUUGGUGCUAAACCCAGCGUUGCAUUCCGGACACGACAACCCAUCCGUCACGUGUGACCACCGAUGUGCCACCAGAUAACUCCUCACGGCGAACUUCUUCUCACACACAUCGCACGCAAACGGCCUGAGCCCCGUAUGCACCCUUUUGUGUGUGUUCAAACUCGAUUUCUGGGUAAACCUCUUGUCACACACGUCGCAUUUGAAGGGUCUCUCACCCGUGUGUGUCCGCAGAUGCACCUCUAAGUAGGGCUUGCGGCAGAAACAAGCUUCGCAUUGGGUGCACUGGAAGGGCUUAUUGCCCGAAUGAAGCUUCAUAUGGACGUAAUAACUGGACGUGGACGACAGGACUUUGCCGCAGAUUUUGCAUGUCUGCGGCUUGCGCUUCUUGCGGGGCUCCUGCAAUGCGACAAUGAGGCAAGCGGGGGCAAAGGGGCGCUACGUACGUCGGCAGGAGGCGAUGAGGGCUUACCCUCAGGCUCGGAACUGGAACAGCCGUAGAAGCUGAUCGGCUCGAUUUUUAUCUCCGUUUCGAACACGCUGUGGGACAGGGUGCCGAACAUGGCGAAGUCCUACAGCGGAAAGCUAAGGUUAUGUUCACUUUUAUUUAUUAUUCUUAACAAUUGCAUUGAAGCAUUGUCAUUGCGAAAAUUUGGUCCAAUAUUGAAAAUCAAGCCUAAUAAACUAUUUUUGGUAGGUAAGGCUCUUAUUUCAUUGUAAAUUAGGUCGGGACAAAUGUGAGGUUAUGUUCUUGGUGGAGUUAUUUUGGAACAUAA